AUGGUAGAACUUUCUGAUCCAGUUGGUUAUCAAGCUAGUUCCCCGGAUGAGGUAGCACUUGUUUCGUGGACUGCAACUGUUGGUGUAACACUCGUCUUUCGUGAUGUCCACAGAAUGCGCUUGCGCCUACCUAAUGAGUCUAUUGUCGAAUAUGAAAUUCUCAAUUUAUUCCCAUUUUCAUCGGAAUCGAAACGAAUGGGUAUUAUUGUUCGUGAUUAUUCAUCGAAAAAAAUAAUAUUCUAUGUCAAAGGAGCGGAUACAGUCAUGAGCAAUUUAGUUUCCUAUGUCGAUUGGCUAGAUGAUGAAGCUGGAAAUCUAGCCAGAGAGGGACUACGGACAUUGGUUGUUGCCUCACGUACACUAACGGAGGAACAGUACUCAGAUUUCGCCAAACGAUAUCAUGCUGCAAAAAUGUCUCUUACUGAUCGUGUUGAAAAAAUGCAGUCAGUUGUGGCCACUUUAGAGACAGAUUUAGAAGUUCUCUGUCUAACCGGUGUAGAAGAUCGACUUCAGGAUGGAGUUCGUCCUGCAUUGGAAGCCUUAAGAAAUGCUGGUAUAAGAGUUUGGAUGUUGACUGGAGAUAAACUUGAAACAGCUGCGUGUAUUGCUAAAUCUUCUCGUCUAGUCGCUCGUGAUACACCUAUGUAUAUAUUUCAGUCAGUCAGCGGUCGAAUGGAAGCUCAUCUAGAAUUGAAUGCUUUCCGUAAACGUUGUGAUCAUGCAUUAUUGAUCACUGGAACAUCGAUGGAAACAUGCUUACGGUUUUAUGAGCAUGAAUUUGUUGAAUUGGCGAGGCAAUCACCAGCUGUAGUUGUAUGUCGUUGUUCACCAACACAAAAGACACAAAUAGUCACUUUAUUAAGAUAUCAUACAAAGGCUAGAGUUGCGGCAAUUGGUGAUGGUGGCAAUGAUGUUGGUAUGAUACAAGCAGCUGAUCUUGGUCUUGGCCUGUUCGGCAAAGAAGGUCGACAAGCUAGUCUGGCAUCAGAUUUUAGCUUAGCUCAAUUCAAGCAUGUGACCCAGCUGUUACUUGUACACGGAAGAAAUUGUUAUAAGAAUACAGCUGCAUUGGCUUUAUUUGUUAUCCACAGAGGUUCAAUCAUCACUGUUAUGCAAGCAAUAUUUUCAGCGGUAUUCUAUUUCGUCGCAAUACCGUUAUUCCCAAGUUUUCUACUAGUUGGUUAUGCUACAGUGUUCACCAUGUUUCCCGUAUUUUCUUUGGUACUUGAUAAAGAUGUACCAGAUCGGAUUGCUAUUACUUAUCCUGAAUUAUAUAAAACAUUACAGAAAGGUCGUGAAUUAACCUUUAAAACUUAUUUCAUCUGGCAGUUGAUAAGUGUUUAUCAAGGUAGCGUGAUUAUGUAUGGAGCUUUAUUACUUUUCGAGGAUGAAUUCAUCCAUGUAGUAGCUAUUACAUUCACUGCUUUGCUGCUUACUGAAUUACUUAUGGUAGCGAUCACUAUACGUACUUGGCAUCUGCUUAUGAUUUUGGCUGAAGUUAUAAGUUUAGCUAUCUAUAUAGUCGCUUUGAUAGUUAUGAAGGCUUAUUUCGAUUCAGUAUUUCUCAGGACUGUUGGAUUUGUUUGGAAAGUGUUAGCUAUUACAGGUGUCAGUUGUAUCCCAAUUUUAAUAUUGAAAUUUAUACACUAUAAAUUUAGACCAUCUAUCUACUCUAAAUUACAAUAA